GCCUGUUAUCGGUAAAACGCUCAGAGAAUGGGUUUUUAAUUUGAAUUUUAAAAUGGAGUGUAACUGCUUAAACCGUCUGAACUUAGACCGAAAAAAAGCAAUUACAAUCGGAACCAUUCUUGCGGUAGUUUUUCUGUUAAUCGUUCUUGUCACUGUGGUGAUUAUUGUCUGGACAAUGCCGGAUCUCAAAGCUAAAGAUGGGAAUACUCAUAUUUGUUUGAAAAUCGACAGUGAUGUUAAAUGCUCGGAAACGACAUCGACAUUAAAAUGUUUGCUGGAAAAAGAGAUAGCUCAAGUGUACAAGGAAACGGCGGAACUAGAUACUAAAGACACAAAGGACUAUUUCAGUAAUAAUGUGAAAAUAGAAUUAAAAAAUGACUACCUAGCAUCCAUUCCUGAUAUGAAACCGGCUGCAAAGCUAGUAGGUUUGCUUGCAAACAAACAUAAAGGUUUGGAUAAAAAGAAAUCCGGGGAGUUAGAAACAGUAGUGUCUUGGUUCAACGGCAGAGAAUUGGACUACACUACCGGCUUCAUGAGAUACGGAGUGAGGUACCAGAACGGGCGGCUCAUUGUACCUUUAACAGGAACCUACAACAUUUACUCCUUCCUUAGUCUAACAGAAGACAUCGACCCAACAGAGAUACGAGAUAAGAACACCAAUGCCACGCUAAUUAAACAUGCAAUGUACAAAUUCAAUGUGAAGCAAGAACAUGACGUGGAACUUGCUUUAUGUAUGCAAACACACCGGAGGCCAACUAACAGAAAUUUCAACGCGUUCAGUUCACACAUCUCAACGUUGGUACAUUAACAAGCCGGCGACGAAAUUUCGGUGAAAAUAAGCGAUAUUUCACUAACAUCAUAUCCUGGAGACAACUUCUUUGGUCUGCAUAUGAUCUAACAAUGCAUCUGCAAAUGUCCACCCUGGAACUGCGUGCACGGCGCGUGGAUGCUCUCGACAAAAGGUUCCACAAACCAUGUUCAUUCAAUCGGUAGCACGUACAUUUUUAAAUUUGUUAAUGCACAGUAUUCAUUAUAUAUUUGUAUUAUAUUGUUUAUCUUUUAAAUUAAACUAUGAAUACUUUAAUAUGUUUGUAUAACAAUAGGGUUAUUAUGGCCUUUAGGAUCUGUCCUUAAUUCAAGGUACACACCAUGUCGAAGACUUGGCCUUUUGACAUUGGUUUUGACCCUAUCUGACUCAUAUUCAAGAUGAACUUUCUGAACACCUUUCACCAAGAUUGGAUAAACAUUUAGCUAUGAGCUUAAUGUCGACGACUCACAACGCACAACGACCGACAUAGGGUGUACUUAAAUUACAACUUUACAACAGCAGGAAUCCACGAGGAUGAGGAGCUCUUUUUAUUUGCAUUGGGUACUUGGAAGUGUGACUAAUUUUAUCACAUUAAUUGCAACAUCGAUAUAACAAAUCCGUUCCUACCAUGUAUUGUGUGUAUUUGUAUUUACAUUUUUAAAUUACGUUUGUAUGAUGUAUAUUGUUAUGUUAUAAACCUUGUGUCGUGACAUACAUUAAUAUAAAUAUUUAAGUAUGAUGACGAUGUACUGUUGUAUAAGUCUAAUACAAUGUAAUACAAUGUAUGUUUGUCUGACUUAAAUUAAAAACAACUACUGUUAGUAAAACAAGA